CUUUUCUUUAAGCAAGACGUGGCAAGUUCUCGGCCCUUUUCCUAUUGGCACAAGAGAACAAGACUUUGGUGCAGAUAUACUUGAAAACUAUGGUGGUUUUCAAAAAUUAGGAUAUACUUCUGGAGCCAAGUAUCCUUCAGAACUAGUGGAAGGUGGCUUUGUGAAUUGGAUAACAUACAGUGCAAGAGAUAAUAUAGUAGGACCCAUUGAUUUUAGACAUGUCAGGCAAGUAAUUCAUGCAAAAAAAUAAACAUUAAGUGCGUCCUUAGAUGGAAAGACAAUGGUAUACCUUUUGGUUGGUCCAUUGAACAAUACCAAGCAUGGGCUAGAGGCAUUCUUAUUACUCAUGAAUCUAUGCAUCUAUGUAUGCAAAUCAAUGGCGUAACUGAAUUUUAUGUCAACGGUAAACGGUAUAGUGGUGAUUGCUAUGGUUACAACACAACAUCCCAUAUCAUUUAUUUCGAAAAGGGUAAGCAUCACAUUGAUGUUCGUAUAGUCCAUGAUGUGCGCGUAUUUGGGGGAGGCAAGACACCACCUGCAUGUCAAUUUAAAGUGUAUUUGGAUCCUCGCAAUGAGACAUUGGUGUAUCCGGAUGAUUGUGCUGUGAUUUUGCCUUCACUGGCAACACCGUCGAGACAAUCAGCUUGUGAGCUGUUGAUGCCAGACUAUUUAGUGGAUAUCGGAUUUGCUGGAUCGUAUGGGAGUGUUUCUCUUCAGAAUGCAGGUGAUGAUCAAAUCAAAUUAGAGUCUAUUACACUCUGUAUUGUGGACGAACAAACAUUGACGAAGCAUGGCUUGUUUAUUGAGUACAAGACAGAGUUGCUCGCUGAAGAGAUUUACAUUCUCCCCGGUCAAACACGGCCUGUGAGUUUCCGUUUUCGAAAAGAAGGCGGAUCGCUACCUUCUACUUCUAUCUUGAAGUUUUGGGUUCGCAUUGGACUUGUAAUGGAUGAUCAAGCAUUUGCUAUUCGUGCUACAAGCCAUGUUCAGUGUGUGGAUUGGAUGAAGACGACAUUUAAAUAUACGUUUCUUGAUUAUGAUGGUGUUGUGCAAUAUGCCAUGGCCAAAAGACCACUUGCGUUGAAUGCAGAUCAAAACAAGCCUCUUAUCGUUGCUCUUCAUGGAGCAGGUGUAGAGGCCGACAGUAGGUUUUGGACUGACUCUAUCCCUGCACAAAAAUCAUCUUGGAUUCUAUUUCCAACUGGAAGAACGCCUUGGGGAUAUGAUUGGCAUGGACCUAGUACAAAGAACGUAUUCAAGGCCAUUGAUGGCCUCAUUGAAAUACAAGAUUUACUUCCACCGCAUUUUGAAUGCAUGGAAUCAGCUGCUGGAGAAGACUGGGUGGAUGUUUCUAUGCCUUAUGAGGUCUUGAAAACCUUAAAAUCAGAAGAUAGUCGUGAAUGGGUGAUUGGCAAUAAAGACCGCCUCAUUAUGAUGGGCCAUAGCAAUGGUGGGCAAGGAGUUUGGCAUUUUGCUGUUCAUUUCCCAGACAAGAUAAUUGGAGUUGUACCAGCAGCAGGCUAUACAAAAAUACAAGAUUAUGUGUCUUUUCAUCACUGGAUUGGUGAUUCUUUUAGUGAUCCCAUAUUAAGAGGAAUUCUAGAGGCAUCUAUUGCUGAAUAUAAUAAUGAUCUUCAUUUAGCAAAUAUGGCUGAUCUUUCAGUCUUGCCACGAGUAGGCACUGAAGAUGAUAACGUGCCUCCGUUACACACUCGAAAAUAUGUUCGCAUCUUGAAUGGACUUUUAAAAAGACCCACAGCGAUCAAAGUAUUGGAAGCUAUAGGACAAGGUCAUUGGUUUGAUUCUGUCUUUUCAGACAAGAGUGUGCAAGACUUUUUAAAAACGACGACGACAAAGAACGAGUCAAAUGAAUUUUGUGUUACGUUGGUCAAUCCAGCUGGAAUUGGCAGUGUCCAUGGUAUUCAGGUACAACAGAUGGCAGUACCUUAUAGGCUGGGUAAAAUAUACGGUACAAGAACAACAAACGGCAAUAAGACUAGAGUGACUUUAAAGACAACUAAUAUUGCUUCGUUUCGUUUAACUAAACAUUUCAAAGGAUGUCAUACACUGAUUGUAGAUGGUGAUGUAUUUUCUAAUCUAGAGUCUCAGCGUGGUUUUUGUUUCGCACUAGAUAUAAAAAAUAGCAAGCGGUGGAAGUUGGAUAACGUCAAAAUAGGGGAGCGUAAUAUUGCUCAUUAUGGCCCUAUUCAUCGUAUGUAUGAAUCAUGUCAUCCUUUAGUGAUUGUCAUUCCAAAUCAUGAAGUCUAUCGUCAUGCAGCAUUGCAAAUUGCCCAUGACUGGCUUUUAUACGGUCGAGGUGACACCAUGAUUCUUUACGAUGAUCAACAUCCUCCUGCAAGUCAGUACACCCUCUAUUUAGGUCUGCCAAAUGAAAACAAGGCAAUGAGUCGAGUACUUGAAUCUCCUUUUGAUAUAAGUCUUCAAGUGAAUAACGGUACCACUCGUAUUCAAGUAGGGGAUCAUACAUACGAUAGUCCCGGCACUGGGAUAUUGUUUAUGCGACCUAUACAAGACAAUCAAAUGGCUGUGAUUAUAUCAGGUGUUGAUCUGAUUGGUUUUGAUUCAGCAUGGCGUCUAUUACCCAAGAGAACAGGCAUGAUGAUACCUGAAUGGAUUAUCACGAGUAAAGAAAUGAAAUCAAUAGGAAUAGGGGGCGUCUUAAGCGCUGGGUAAUUUCUUUUGAAAAAGACAGCACGUGUACUCACAGAAAGAAAAUACGCUUUAGAUACUUUGAUAAUGACUGGAAG